AUCUGCUUCAGCAACAAGAGCAACAAAAGCACCAACAUGAAAAAGAUUCUUCUAAUCGGACUUGCAUUGGCUCUGAUUAUAGUUCUGGUCACCAGCACACCAGCCCAGUUUGAUGAGAUGAUUAAAGUGACCACCAUCAUUUAUGGCCUGGCUAACUUCUCAGACUAUGGAUGCCACUGCGGCCUAAACAACCAAGGAAUGCCUGUGGACUCCAUUGAUUGGUGCUGCCACAGCCAAGACUGCUGCUACAACAAGGCUGAAAUGAGCGGAUGUAACCCUGUUACACAGGCUUACAGGUUCUAUCUUGAGGAAGAGAAGAAAGUAAAGUGCAUGAAAGCAAGUAAUCGCUGUGAGAAAAUGAUCUGCGAGUGUGAUGAAAAGGCUGCAAAUUGUUUCCGCAAGGAGCUGGAAGAUUAUAACAUAUAUUUCCGCAAUUUCUCAUCUCUGGGGGCAUGUCGAGGGCCCAGACCUUUUUGCUAAUUCCAUGUCUAAAUUCCUCAUCCAUUCAUUUCUUUCUUUUGUAGUCAUUUUGCUUGUAAACCUAGGAACACAUAUUAUUGAUUUACAUGAAAUUGGCAGCCUUGAAAAAACUGAGCGUUGUAGUUGAAAUGUGCACUGUAAUAAUGAAUAAAGCUUGUUUCUGCUUGAGAACAAUCUGUGCCUCUCAAUAAGAUAGUGUCAAAAAGCAAGUUACUUUGGUUCCCAAAAACGUCUAAUUCCCUUUUCUGGGCAUCAAGUGUCCAUAGGGAAUAAGAUUAUGUGGCUAAUGUAUAUUGUGUCUUGCCCAACCCAAAAUUAACAAAAAGCAUAUUUAAAAUGAUUGCUCCAUCAUCAGUUAAUAUUGAACAUCAAUCAUUUUUAACUAAAUUGAAGGGAUUGUUCACCUUUAAAUUAACAUUUAGUAUGAUGUAGAGAGUGAUAUUCUGAGACAAUUUGCAAUUUGU